ACUUUUCGGACUUCGAUUACAGGUUUGAGCUUUAUAAAGUUUUUUAUUGUUUGCAAUUUUGCUAGUGUAGUUUAUGCUCUUGCGUGUUGUGAAUAAGAUUGGAAUCGGAUAAGCCAAGCAAUGCCAAUUCAUUGGUAACAACAGGAGGGACGCCGGUGCUUUCAUCAUUCCCCUAAGUUCGAUUUACCUGCCGAAUAAAAGGUAAAAAGUCAAUUUGGCAGUGAGGAAGGGCUGUAGAGCGAAAUAUGUAAAUGGGGAAGGGCGGUGCAGUGGAGCAGUCGCGCCGCCAGCCGCGAACGACACAGUCGCGCUCUCAGUGCGCCCGCUGCGCUCGCUUGCACGUCUCGCGAACUCUACCUUGUGUUUGGUGGAUUGUAUUAUCAGUUUUUCAUACGUGGGCCGUGACGCAACUGGUUUUACCAUGUAUCCCGGCUCUACGUUCGAGGGAGUUUUACCGGAGUCGCAGUUUAAGAAAAUGGGGAGUAGCGAAGGUCAGCAGACUUUCUGUCUAAAAUGGAACCAUCACAAGACGAAUCUUGUGGAGAUCCUGGAGGCGUUGAUAAAAGUAGAGACUUAUGUGGACUGCACGCUCGUGGUGGACGACCAGGUGACGUUCAAGGCUCACCGCGUGGUGCUCGCAGCCAACUCGCCCUACUUCCAGUCCAUACUGGCUGACGUGCCCAUGGACCACUGCAGCAUCCUGUUCCCCGGGGUAAAAGACUUCGAGAUGCGCGCGCUCCUCGAGUACAUGUACACGGGCGAGGUGAACGUGACGCAGGCCCAAAUACCGCGGAUCAUGAAGGUGGCCGAGCAGCUGGAAGUCAAGGGUUUGUUCGACAUGACGGAGCUCCGUCGCCGGCCGGGCGCCAACGAGCGCACGCCGGCCGCGUCCCCGCCGCGAGUCGUGCCCGCGGCGCCGUCCAGCAUCUCUCCGCCGGCUCCGGCGCCGCCCACGCGCUGGCCGCCACCACCGGCCGCGCCGGUUCUUUCAGCGGCCUACGAAUCCGUUGACAUGAACCCCCUGAAACGCAAAAAACUCUCCAGUAUGUUAGCCACCCGCGAUACACCCAUCUUGAGGAACGUCCUCGCCCAGUCAUCCCCGGUUGAUUCCUCCCAACCGAUUUCUCUCGUCUGCCAUCCUGUUAACAAUAAUGGCCCUCCUCGUCUGCACUCUAAUGGUUCCGCCCACGAGCCUGAGAGACCGCCGAGCCCGCAACGACCCUUUGACUAUCGUCCUCGCAGAUUGUCAUCGAGAGCUUCGUCGCCCCAUUAUAAUAACAGAUCCGAUCGCUCAGAGGAUGCUCACUCUCCAUACACGGAACGUUCCUUCGAGGAAGAAAAUUCUCGCAAUUUCCAUCCCUCCCCUCCACCCGCGAAUUUUCAACCAGAUGUUAGAGCAGGACUCGCACCUUAUGUACCACCGCAACAAAAGCCAGAGUGGAAAAGAUACAAACAAUAUACGCGAUCGGAUAUCAUGUCCGCUAUAGAAUGCGUUAGAAAUGGAAUGAGCGCUUUACAGGCCUCUCGUAAAUAUGGCGUUCCAUCACGUACUUUGUACGAUAAAGUUAAGAAGCUGGGUAUAACGACAAGUCGACCAAUGAGUAGAGGAGUCAAAAGGGAGAGCAACGGUGCCGCCUUUCCUUACGGAUUAAGUGGCACGGGUGGUAAUGACGACGGAAAUCCGACCACGCCUCUUAUCGACCCAUCUUUCCUUCAGCAAGCCUUAGAAGGGGCAACUAGAGAUGGAGGACGCGAAGCCCUUCACGCCAUGGCUCUAGCUGCGGCCGCGCACGCCGCACUCGCCCCUAGAUCGCCGCCGCGAUCUACACCGCAGUCACCUCGGUCACCGCUCCCCGACGACGAUCAUGUUGAGGAUCUCUCAAUUUCUCGACGUCACGAUAUAGAGCCACCAUCCGGAGUCAUAGUCCCGCCUCGAAACUUUGCCCUAGAUUGCAGUAGCGAAAGAGAUUGAACACAAGAAAGUCGUUUAAUGCGUACAUUCUGAAAAGACUGACUUAGGCGUACAAAGCUAGAAAUAAGGCACUUAUUGGUAGGCUACUGGUAGGACGCCACUCCGACCUGGCGCUCCGGCCGGGCGAUUGCAAUGGGCCCCGCGGCCACUUCUAUUACUACCUCUCUUUUCUAUUUAUUUUCUUGAGUUAUCGAAGCCCGAUAACGAAAUAAAAUUUCCGUUACGGGGCUUCCGAUGCUUAUUUGUGAUUUUAUUUUUGUUUUUAUUUCUUCUUUGACUUUUAUGAUUUGUAUGAUUUACAUCUUUGUUAAUAGAAUAGAUGAAAUAGGUUAGCUUUAAUUAGAUCGUAAUUUGUGUUAGUUUGAGCGGUAACUGUGUAGGGCCGAAGGGCGCCUCGGGCGGGUGUCCGCCUAGACGAGUUAUUGUGCAAUUUUGUUGUCCGCGACUGUGAUGUUUAUAGACUGAAACGCCGCUACUACCUCACGCUCGCUACUGCUUACUCUAGUCCUCCGCGUCGCACCACGCCAUAUCAUUUGCAACAGUCCGUAACAUAGAGUUUGUUGUCUGAAUGUAAGGAUCAUUAUCACUGUGGCUGUUGGGAAGGACAGUGCGACGCGCGACGCUCAUGUCACUGCGAAAAGCGACCUUUCUAUCCAAAUCCUAUCUUAUUCCUAUAUGUUACGGGUUAGACGUAUCUUGUUUGUCGAUUGCCAUAAUUUUGUUGUUAAUAUAGUUGUGCUCACCGUCAUCAAUAUAAUGUAAGUUCGUGUACAUACUCGUAUAACUUUAUAUUAAACACUAGCACGGUCGUUUUAAUUUAAAAUCCUAGAGAAUACACUUAGUAAAAUGCUCAAUGUCAUGUUAGUUACACAUAAAAUACCGUCGCGAUUCGCUAUUUAUACGUAAUAGAAUAUCUAAGUGUAAGAUUAUUUUCAAUAAUUAGUGUAAUGUUUUAGUCUAUCUAUUACGGAACACAUUAAUUAUAUUGUUGUAAAAUAAUGUAGUAAAAUCCUACGAAGUAAAGUUUGUGGCACUGUUUUUGUGGUUUGAAAAUCAAUCUGCGAUGAUUAAUUUAUGUAAGGUAAUAUAAAUAAUUUUAUUUGUAUACUAUUACCUCCUUGGGUUCACAUAAUCCGUUUGCUAUAUAUUUCUUUACAUGUGUUGACUUCUAAUAAAUAAUGUUAAUUUUAUCAUAAUUGUUUAAGUUGAAUACGGUAUGGAAAGUUUUAUUUCAUAAUUCAUUGCAAGACUGAUUUGUUACUUUAGUCUAGUUUGAAAAUGCCAUAGAUACGAGUAUAUUGUUUACUUUAGUAUUUGCAUACGUACCUAAAGUUAAAUAUAAGUUUAAACACUUGAGUGCGUGUAGAAGCUACACUUUGGUGGUGUCACUGUGUUGUGCCUUUGUUUUAAUCAAGAUUAUGAUGUAUUUUAGGACAUUCCAGUAGGUGCACGGUCGUGCUUUGUGUUCAAACCUUAAAUGAAGGUAUUUCCAAUAAGAGGCUCGAAGGCGGUACUAAAGAUACCUCUUGUAGCGAGUUUGUUUGUAUUUAAGUAUAAUGCAAUCCUGUAUUGCCUGAAUAAGGUCCCAUAUCACUGUACCUCAGUUUGUUAAAUCAGAUGUUAUGUAAUUAUUAUUAUAUCCACUUUUGUGCCUAUAGAUAUAUAUUUUUAUUAAGUAUGAUGUUAUUGCACUUAGAGUUCAUCUUUUAAGUUGUGAUUGCAAAAUUUCGUAAUGUAGUUGAGUAUAUUAUGCUAUUGUAUCUACAUGUCUAAGUUAUAU